AUGGCGCGACGCGUCCUCGCGGUCCUCCUCGGCGCCGCCGCGGCGCGCGCCGUGACGCUGCACGGGUCCAUGGGGUCGCGGUCGCCGCUCUGCAACUGGUACCUCGAGGAGCGCCAGAUCCCCUACACCAUGGUCGCGCCGCGGCCGUCGGCGCACCCCUUCAACCAGGUGCCCUUCCUCGCCGACGACGGCGGCGUCGAGGUCUUCGAAUCGGGGGCGAUCCUGCUCUACCUCGCCGACAAGUACGACGCGGGCUGCGGCACGCCCGAGGACCGCGCGAAGCACGCCAAGUGGGUCGUCUGGGCCAACGCGGCGCUGGACCCCAUCUGCUUCGUGGAGAACGACCGGGGCCAGGUCGUCGGCACGAAGCUCGACCAGCCCGGCCGCGCGGUCAACGUCCUCGACGAGCUCCUCGCGAGCUCCGAGUACCUCGUCGACGGCGCCUUCUCCGUGAGCGACGUCGCCGUCGCGUCCUACCUCAACUACGUGCCCCUCUUCUUCCCCUCCGUGAACCUCGGCAACACGCCCAACGUCUGCCGCUACAUGAAGCGCUGCGCGGAGCGGCCCGCGUUCGCGGCGGCCUUCGGCGACGCGCACUCCGCCGCGGUCCUCAAGGCCGUCGACCGCGCGGCCCAGGGCGGGGACAAGAAGCUCUUCGGCAUCUUCUAA